GACUUCAUCACCGUGACCCUCAGCCCCGGCGGAGCCCUCGACGCAGCGGCGGCCGCCGUCGGCGGCUACAACAACAGCAAGGCCUGGCGGAGGCGCUCCUGCUGGCGGACCAACAUUUAUUCUCCAAAGCAACUUGCAUCAGUUCAUGAUGCUGGCAGCAGGUGCUGUACCUUCAAGGUGUAGGCAGGGUGCCUUUCUCUCCCCACUGAAUCAUCACAACAACAAAAGACAGACCUCUGGGGUGCGACAGGAAACAGAGAGGUGGCAUUAGCCCUGGCAGCUUCCUUUUCGAGAAAGAAACUUUGAACAGAGAACUGGCUCUGUGUUUUCCUCAGACAGCUGUUGCUUUUAAGCCAUGAAAAAGUCAAGAAGCGGCCUUGAUCCAGAUCUCAUGAGCUGUGCUAAAUGGAAGCAGCUGUCCCGCCUCCAGCGGAGCUUGAUCCUCUUCCUGUUCGCCUUUCUGGCUGUCUGCGGAGUCAUCACUUACGCAAACAUGUCCGAACCCUGGAAAAGUCUAACCAGCAGAGCUUCAGAGGAACAAAAGACUUAUAUGGAGGUCCCUGGGUUGAAGCCAGCAAAUCAGGCAGUUCUUCCAAUUCCACAAAACGCUGAUGCCAAUCAGGGGGAUUUUUCACUUCAAAAACCUCCGAAGCAGCUUCCUGUCCGGCGGGGACCUCCUAACCUGCAGAUCAGGCCACCAUGGAGAGACUCGAGGUUGAACUUCCCAGAUGAAGCAGUCAAGGAGGAGGGAGAAGCUGGCCAGGCUGGUAAAGAACAAAAAACGGAGAAGUCCGUCAUCAGCUGGAGAGGAGCAGUUAUUGAGCCGGACCAGGGCACAGAACCUCCUUCCAACAAAAUAAAGGAACCAGACAGGCCCUUGCCUGUGGAAUCCGAAGAUACUAAAGAGCCAGUACCUCUCAAUGAGCGCCAGAUGGCAGUGAUAGAAGCAUUCCGCCACGCUUGGAAAGGCUACAAGGAGUUCGCCUGGGGCCACGACGAGCUGAAGCCCAUCUCUAAGUCGUUCAGCGAAUGGUUUGGCCUUGGCCUAACACUCAUUGAUGCCCUGGACACCAUGUGGAUCAUGGGCUUGAAAGAAGAGUUCAAAGAAGCAAGGAAGUGGGUUGCCACUGACCUCAACUUCAACAAAAAUGUGGAUGUCAACCUAUUUGAGAGCGCCAUUCGGAUCCUUGGGGGCCUGUUGAGCACUUACCACCUCACGGGGGACAACCUCUUCCUAGAAAAAGCUAAAGAUAUUGGGAGCAGGCUCAUGCCGGCCUUCAACACCCCAUCUAAAAUUCCAUUUUCGGAUGUCAACAUUGGCCGGGGCACAGCGCAUCCUCCUCGCUGGACAUCGGAUAGCACCGUAGCAGAGGUGACCAGCAUCCAGCUGGAGUUCAGGGAGCUUUCGCGCCUUACUGGGGAAGAGAAAUUUCAGAAAGCAGUGGAUGGGGUGAUGAAACAUGUCCACACCCUUGCUGGCAAGAACGACGGCUUGGUGCCUAUGUUCAUCAACACCAACAGUGGGCAGUUUACCCACUUGGGGGUCUAUACUCUUGGAGCCCGAGCAGACAGCUACUAUGAGUACCUGCUCAAGCAAUGGAUCCAGGGAGGGAAGAAAGAAAAUGAGCUUUUGGAAGAUUACGUGAAGGGUGUCGAGGGGGUGAAGAUGCACCUUCUCCGGAAAUCGCAACCAAGGAGACUGACUUUUGUUGGUGAACUUGCUCAUGGCCGCUUCAGCGCUAAAAUGGAUCACCUGGUCUGCUUCUUGCCCGGAGCCCUGGCUCUUGGUGCCCACAAUGGGCUCCCCGCGGACCACAUGGCCUUGGCAGUGGAGCUGGCAGAAACCUGCUACCAGAUGUAUGCGCAAGUGGAGACGGGCCUGAGCCCAGAGAUUGUCCACUUCAACAUGCAUGCGCAAAAGGACCGGAAGGAUGUGGAGAUAAAGGCAGCGGACAGGCACAAUCUUCUGCGCCCUGAGACAGUGGAGAGCCUUUUCUACCUGUAUCGAUUCACUGGUGAUAAGAAGUACCAGGAUUGGGGCUGGGAGAUAUUGCAGAGCUUCAAUAAAUACACACGGGUCCCCACUGGUGGCUACACGUCCAUCAACAACGUCCAGAGCACCAGCAACCCGGAGCCAAGGGACAAGAUGGAAAGCUUUUUCCUGGGGGAAACGCUCAAGUAUCUUUUCUUGCUCUUCUCUGACGAUGUGGACUUGAUAAACCUCGAUAAGUAUGUCUUCAACACAGAAGCUCACCCUCUUCCAAUCUGGCCAUCAGCAUAAAAUGAAAGAUGAGGCACCAACCAUUCCCGGUCUUGAUCGUGUCCCAGCUUGUUGGGGUCUGAGGGAGAGUUUUGUGGGUUCAUUUUUUUGCUGGCGGCACGUCAGAAGGGUUUACGGAAGGGGAGCUCCAGACAUACACCCCCUCCACCCACCACACUACCCUUGUGUCUUAUCUCUCCGUCCACAAAGACUUGGUUGGGCAAGCAAUGAAGUGCAAUGCUGAAUCCUGCCUGGAGCAUGAGACAUUUGAGAGGAGAAACAGGGAUCACAUUUAUUUGACCUGGUGAGAUCCACCAAGCCUUAGAUUUCGUAUUGGUGUCCGAAUGAACGUCCUGGUGAGAGGAGACUCAUUUGGGAACGCCAAGCUGCUCUCACUUUACAGCAUCGUUCCACUGUAUGAGCCUGUGCCAUGUCUGUAUGGUAGAGGGAACAGAAAGAGAUAGGCAUCCUCAUCCCAGAUUUAGAAUCCUUGUUGCUGGUGCAGUUUGCUGAUUUUCCACUUACAUUCCAAAGCCAGAGGGCUCUGCCGCUGGCCACACAAAAAAAGCUGACCCUUUUUAGCAGUGUUACCAGUGGCGACAUCUUCAUGGCUCUCUGAAUAAUCUUGUGAUGCUCGUACCGUUGUGAACUGUGGGGCAGUUUAAGUGCAGAGGCUGCUGGUUUGGGUGGAGGGUUGUGUACACUUCUAGGUGUGUCACUCUAUAUAUUUCUUAACUUAUCUGCAUAAAUGCAGGAAGACAAUGUGAAAAAGAAAUUUUACAUUCUAAAAAAAAAAAAAAGGGUUAUCUGUGCAGAAGUUUAUAUAUGUAUAGUUAAUGUUUCAGCUCAGGUAUUCCAACUGAAAGCUGCUUCCUGAAGCUCCAGGAGUCCUGAAUAUAUGUGUGAGGUCGUUGCCAUUUCCUCCCGUGGAUUGGAACCCAUGCCUGAAAUAAGCAGGCUUGCUGUUCUUUCCUUCGCUGUGUGCUGGCUCAGCUGGGCCUUUGCUGGAAAAGAGGGUUCUUGUUUGGUGUACACAGCUAGGAAGCAGUUGCUUCCAGGGUCCAAUUUCUAUGGUGAAGUCAAAGAGAAUGGUAAUGAUUGUGACUGUUAGGAAAUGGGUUAGCACAGAGGAUGUAUUGAUUUGUAUUGAUUCUCCUGAAACAGUAGGCUUGAUAAGAAAAUGCUGUGGUGGCUUUUUAAAUACAGUCAAGGAGUAAACCUAAUGUAUUAAGUGCAAAUGUAUUAAAUAACCUAAUGGGGUUUUGAGGUCUUGAAAGCUCUUGCUAAGGGGAAAGCUUAGUAGGGGGCUCUUUGGCAGUAUUCUGGCUCUGAUGCUCCUGCUUCCUGUUCUUCGUCUUGCUGGCCACCUCCAGGGUUAGCUCAGGGUGGUGAAGGGCCUUGUGCAAUAACCUGAGUUUGGGUCAACUAAGGAGCGGGGGCAUUUCUCCUUUUCCUGGGUCUGUUGCAUGUGCUACCCUUUCAUUUGCCUUUGCUGUGGCUUCAUGUGGAAUUCAGGGUACAUGUUUCAGAAAUGUCUUGUCUGCAGUUCCUUUUUUUCUUCUUUUUGUUUAUGCUUGCACAGCACCACCUCUCCCUCAUAGUUUGUUAGCCAUUAUUUCUUCCACCUCCUCCUGCUUCCACUGAAUCCCAAACUCCAGAAGAGGAAUCCCAGAUUGGAGGGGUGGAGAGGGUGCUGGAGACUAUCCUCUCUAGUUUGGGGGCUGACCAGUCACCCAGCAAUUUUCAUUGCCUGCCGUGGAAUUCCCAGCCUCUGUUGCUUCCUGCUUUUCUCAGUAGUACGUUCUGUCAGGCCUGUCUUGUAACCGCUUAGUCGCUGUUUUUGAGCCGGAACAAAUUAUUUAAAUAUCAAGGGGUAACAAAUUAGUGGGAAGAUGCCCUGUGGCUUCCACGUCGGAAUGAAUAAGAGAGCAGAGCUUGGACUGGCACGAGAAUUUCCUGCAAUGAAUUAUGUUCUUGGUAGAUCCUACUUGUCUUUUAUUUUUUAGAAUUGUGACAGAAUUUCAGAGUGUAUUUUGCGAGCUGUACCAAAUCUGGCACAUAUGGUGUUGGUGGUGGACUCGCUUUGCCCAGAACAAGAGCUGAACAACAACUUGUCUUAAGACUUUCCAAUAAAAAAGCAAGUUUUCAGAGACUGAGGUUUGGCUGCUGACUUAAUAGCUGGAGCAGCGCAGUGGACAAGACCCUGCAGGUGGUGAUCCAGUUCCAAGUCUCACCACGGCUAGGUAUAGUCUCAGCCUCAAGCUUCCCUGCAAAAGUGCAUGGAUUGCAGCAGCCCUACCUUGCAGGAUGGCCGUUAGGAUCUCAGAGAUAAAAAGUGCAAUAUAAUUGCUAAGGAUUAAUAAUUCCAAAUUUUGCUGCUGUAACCAUGGAUUUUCAGAGGAAGGCACUGGAUGCCAGUUGUUUUACACGAAGCCUGUCUUCCCGGUUGUAGGGCAGUGUCUCCUGAGUGGCAGCAGAAAAGCAGCCACAAGCCACAUGACCCUGCCUGCCCUGGGCAGUACUGGAACAUUCGUCCAAGAAAGAUUUAUGUGUGCGUGUUUGUGUGUGUCAUUUAGAAUACAGUGGUGUUCCCUGUUCCCCACUCUCCUCACCCAAGUGCACCCUGGAAUUUAAAAGCCAUAUUCUAAAGCUGAACAGUUGCCCCAUCUUGGGAAGGCCAAUGCUUAAACUUUGCACUAGGGCCUUCUACACCCAAGGGUAAAGGGGGGGAUGAGUGGGUGUAGGAGCUGGAGGCGAGUGCUUUCCCUAGGAAGGAGGCAGAAGCUGGUAGACAGGUGAUGAUGUAUCCCUUGGUAACAUGCAGCUAGCCAGGCACAAGGUGGAGUCUUUUUGGCACUGAGCAACCUACCGUGCUGGAACACGCUCUCCAACUCCUGGGCCCCCACCCAGAGACAGCAGAACAAAUGAGCUGCACCUGCAGAAUGUGGCUUUUGUUGAUGCAGAAUCCUGAAUUCUCACUCCCCUCACAUGCAGAAUAUUCACAGCUCCCCACAAAAGCCAAAUCCUCUUCAUUCUCUCGUCUUUCAAAGCACUUCCAAAAAAGAAAAAAAAACCUGUAUUGUCAUUUUUCUCGCUCUGCAAUGCCACAGGUCUGCAGACAUUCCGUGUUAAAUCUUCCAUGGUUAUGUGUAGGCAGGUGGGUUAUGGGUACAGUGUUGUGAAUAGGAACAUGUCUUACUGUGAAAUGCUGCCUAUGAAGAUAGCCAGUUCUUUCUCCAAUGUCUUAAAGGAGGGGAAACAGGAGUUUCCCAUCCUCUUCCUCCGAGCAACAGAAAACAACCAGGAGUCUAGUUGGCAACUUGCUGCAAACUGAUAGGAAGUGAAGGCCAGAUCUUCCAACCACCAAACCUCAUGCCUAGAUGCUCAGUUGCUGCUGUGUUUACUCCUCCGUUUGGUACAGGAGCUGCAGGGUGGAGGAGCUUCCAAGACUUAGCCUAUUCCCUUCCCCCAUGCAGCUGCUCUAAAGCUGACUGCCUUCCUUCUCUUCCCCUGCCAAAGAAGAAAAAAGAAUGAAGCCUUGCUGUGUUUGUUAUCUGGUCCACCAUAUUUGUUACAUAGAUGAACCCAUCCCAUUGUGAAUGUGCAAAUGAUUUUUGGUGUACUUCACCUUUUUAAGAGGUGGAAGAAAUAUAUCUUAAAUAUGAUUUAAAUAAAAAAAAACCCCAUUGUAUUUAGUCAAGCUAAUCCACAGAAUUCUAUUCCACUUUAAUAAACUUGUAAUUUAUUUUGA